GCGUCGGACGUCGACGAUGGAUUCAGGCCCGUUUUCAAACGCUGUUAUUUGCAAGUAUUGUGGAAAUGCCUUCACUUUGCCCGAAGAAGAAGUUGAAGGCAACCUCCCCCGUCUACUUCUGUGUGGCCACAUCUACUGCACAUCAUGCCUGUGCACUAUUGAGUGUGACCGUAUCAUUCGAUGUCCGGAGUGUGAGGUUGAGUCGAGCCUUCCUGAAGGUGGUGUGUGUGGUCUACAGGAAGACAGUAGGAUCAUUGGCCUUAUUUACACUGCUAAAAUGAACAAGACAAAAAGUAUGCGGCGAGCCAGAUCAGGGUAUUACCGGAAAGUCCGACUGUCAUUAUCCCCAGACAGAAAUGACAAGAUUGAAGAACAAGAGCAGGCCACUGAUGCUGAGGAGCUUGAGAAAGCUUUGGAUGAAGCAUUGGUCCUGGCUGCAGAUAAUCUUGCCCAACUGGAACACAUUUAUGAGACUCUGACAGCUGGACUGGAAGAACAGAUCAAAUGUGAGAAUGAUCGGUUGGAGUUGGAGAUCAAGCAAAAGGCAGAUAUGGCUGUGUACACUGUCAAAAAGUGGAAAGAAGAGCAGGUGAGUCAUUUGCCAAAACUGCUUGCUCAUUUCUCCACUACCCAAGCUGAAGUCUCCCAUGUAAAGGAGAGGAUCACAGCCCUUGAGAUUGGUAUAAAAAUGGCCAAAGAGGUUCGCCGUGUGCCAUUCCUUCAGCAGCACUGCUCCCUGAAAAAGGUACUUGAGACAUUGCAGGCUCCUGUACUUGAACAGUCUUUUGAUAUGGACUGCGUCAAGAUGGACUCCGGAAUAAGGUAUAGUUUCUCCUCAGAGGGUUUGAAUCAGAAUGUGACUAUCUUCUUGUCAAUGGAGGAUAGCUGCUCCAGGCUUUUACCUGUGAUGUCUUCCUCCCAAACUCAACCAGAGGGCAGGUCCAGCAUAAAGUCACCAUGCCAGCUUUCAGAGGGCUACAGCAGCAGUAGGACCUCAGCUGGUUAUGACAAGCUUCCACGACAGCAAAACCAGGCCACAAAGAGUCCUGAAGCUGAUAGGCAGUCAUUGCUAGGCUCCUUUCCAAGUCCAAGACCUCGUCAUAGGAACCUCUUGGCCUGCCAAAGUGCUGCCUCAAACCUUGGAAGUCCAGAUGUUCUUGUUGAUCAGGUUCUCCAUGAGGAGAAAGGGAAAGCUCCACCACCUACUGGUCCUGAGAUGGCUCAUGUCAAGGGGAGGAUGCAGAGGAAGAGGCUGUCUGACUGUAAAAGGAAUGUUUGCCAGUGGGUUUUACUGUCUCAUGUUGUAAAUCCGACUCAUUUUUACGUGCGCUACAUGGCUGAGAAGAGGGAAGGUGAGAUCCUGUCCCAGAAGAUCAACCAGUUCUGCUGCAAAGAUGAUAGUUUCUUCUCUUCCAGCGACACACUUGAGACUGGUUCAUUGAUCUUUGUGAAGUGGAAGAAGGGUCUGUGGUAUCGGGCCAGGGUGAUCAAGAUCUUGCAGUCGGGCUGUAUCAGAGCUGUGAAAGCCUCCCCGGUCACACAGUUGGCCAGUGUCAGAGUCUUCCUCCUUGACUAUGGCCCGAUCAAAUUCAUCACUUUUGAGAGUGAGCAUGGGAACCCUGAGUCAUUACUGAAGGUCAUAAAUGUACACCUGAAGAAGUUUGACAAAAACAUCAAAGAGGCUCUAAGUUACUUUGCACCUCAGGCUAUCCGAUGUUCCCUGAAGGACAUUGUUCCCUACGACAUGACAAAGGGCUGGAGUCCAGAGGCACAAGUUGAAUUUGGCCGUAUGGUUGGUUCUGCUGCGGUACAGAUGUUACUGUACGGUCAAGACGGAGACUCACUGUUGGUGGACUUGAAAAAAAUUCCCGUGGACCAGGCUUGUGAUGUUCCCAUCUCUGUCAGCGAGUACCUGGUUUUCAUUGAAGUGGCCAGGUUUUACUCUCCAGUGGUGUUGGGCAGGAGGCCCCUGAUGUUCUACCCUCCUGUCUACCCCAAAAUCCACAGAGAAUGUGAUGCUGUGGUGUGCCAUAUCAACAACCCUGCUGACUUCUACAUUCAGAUGGUUGACAACAUGGAAUUUUUGUUGCUAUCAGACAAGCUCCAGGACUGUUACAAUAUUACAGAAGAAUUGGAAGAUGAUGACCUCAAGCUCUACUGUCCUGUCAUAGGUCAGGCUUGUGUGGCUCGCUAUGACGACAAGAGCUGGUACCGGGCUCAGGUCAUAGGUCAUCCAGGUGGCAGAAAGGUGGAGGUGCUGUAUGUUGACUUUGGCAAUAAGAAAAUUGUGCCAGUCAGUGAACUGAGGAAAAUCAAGGAUGAGUUCUUUGCACUCCCUUCCAAGGCAGUUCGCUGCUGCCUUUCAGGAUUGGUUCCUCUGGAUGAAAAGACCUGGACUGAUGCCUGUAUCAACAGAUUCAUCAGCCUUGCUUACCAGAAACUAGUCAUCAUUGUUGCUACAGAACCCGGCUCAAAGACAAAACCAUUGCCAAUCAAAAUGUUUGAGAGCAGCCUCAGUGGACCACAAGCCAACAUUGCUGCGCUGCUGGUCAAAGAGGAGCUCGCCUGCUUCAAAGAGAGCUCCAGCAGAGGUGCAGCCAAGGAUCAAAAAUGUCAGAAUGAUGAGCCUGUCAUGUGGGACCCUCCACUUUAUGUUAACUAUGGCACAGAAGGAGUUGAUCCCUCAGACCAGAUGGUCUCUGGAGAUGAGGAACAAUCUGAGUUUCAGCCUCAGCUGCAGGUUCCUGCUGUCUUCAAAAACCUGAAAGUCAGAAUCACACACAUCAACUCGCCGAGCAGCUUCUUCGUGCAGCUGACCAAAUAUGACUGUCAACUCAAAAGGAUAUGUGAGCUGUUGAAACAGGAGUAUGCAAAUGCUGAGCCCCAAGACAUGGAGUGGGAAGCAGACAUGUACUGUGCUGCUCACAUCAACGAUGUUUGGGAGAGAGGACAGAUCUGCUCCAUUGACACAGUCAGCAAGACGGCACAGGUGAUGCGCUGUGACUACGGCAACAAGGUGAAGGUUCACAUAAACAACCUGCAGCCACUGUCUGCCUCCCUGGUCGGCUCUUUUGUGCUCGAGUGUACUCUCACCGACAUCAGACCAGCAGGAGGCCUGUUAACCUGGACGGCCACAGCCUGUGACUUCAUCUCCUACUACCUGACUGGAGCCUCUGCUGUAAUGACCAUCAAGGAGUUGACAGAUGAGCGACCAGUACCUGUUACUUUGCAAUGCACCAACAAGAUGGGACAGUUAGUCAGCAUUGCAGACUGCCUGGCCAGUGAAGGUCUUGCCCUCAAGGAAAGGAAGCCAAGAGAUGUUGUCAAUGCAAAACCUGAGGAAACUGCUGCAGAACCUCCAAGGAACAAGGAACAAACGCAAAGAACUGAUGUCAACAAUAAUCCUUCCUCUCAUCAGCCAUCCUGUGCUGCCACACCGGUAUCCUCUCCAAUCGACACAGGGUCCAUUCCUUCCUCUACUUCCACCCACCCAAAACCAGCUCCUCGCAGCAUUUUGUCUGCUGAGAUGGUCAAGACAAAGUUGUACCAACCCCCAGAGCUGCCCUGUCUCGGUCAUAUCCAGAUGACUGUUACUGCUGUUGGAGACGAUGGCCUCAUUUACACCAGAACACAGCAUACAGAUUGUCAGUUGGAGCAGCUGAGGGAGCGAAUUCAGCAGAACAUGAAAAUGCUGCCCAAUCAGAGGCCCUACACGUGGAAGUCAGUGUUGGGCUGUGCCAUUAUUGGACCAGACAUGUUGUGGUACCGAGGACGGGUCCUGGAGGUACUUGGAGCACAUGUGAAGGUGCAGUAUGUGGACUGUGGUAAUGUGGAGAACAUCCCUGUAGUCCACGUGUACCCUGUGCUGCUGUGUCCUGAUGUUCCUCAGCUCUGUAUCCCAUGCGAGUUACAUGGUGUCAACCCUGUUGGUGGCAAGUGGCAUGGAGAUGCAGUGGCCCUGCUGAAAGAGCUGUUGUUGGGCCGCUGUGUUGACGUGGUGGUAAAGGAGCUGCCCACUGACUUGAGGGGAUCACUGAAAGUUGAGAUUUUCCUCGAUGAUAUGAGCCUAAGUAGGAUCUUGCAUCAGCAAGAACACGUGUCCAUGGACCAGACUGUCUCAGCAAAACAGAGACACACGCUGAUGCCUGCUGACGGCUUCUUGGAUGAAUGGGACCUCGAUACUAAGGAUUUAUGGAAUCUCGAGGAGCCAACGCUGGGACCCUUCAUCAGGCCACAGCUUCCCCCAAAGGGAGAGGAGCUCCCAGUCAAGGUCAAGCAUCUUUUGACCCCCAAUGAGUUGUACCUCUGGCCUUCGGUGGGAUCAUAUAACAUGGAGAUAAAUGGAGAAACUUUAAACGAAGCUCUCAGCAGAAUCAACAGAGACAUCAGCAGUCUGCCUCGACUCACAAACUUCCCUCCUGGUGGUCCAUGUCUGGCAGAGUACAGCGAUGGGAUCUACUAUCGAGCAAAGUUGAUGAAAUUCACAAGCAUGGAACCGGUCACACUCCUGGUCCAUCAUGUUGAUUUUGGAUCUGAUGACACUCUGCCCACCAGCAAGCUGCGCCAGAUGCCGGCUGAGUUGCUUCGCUUUCCAGUUCAGGCGCUCAGGGUCCACCUCAUGGGCUUCAAACCCCCCGCCGUCAGACCGCAGGACGACGUGCUGCCCUACAGCCCCAGGUGGAGCAUGAAGGCUGUGAUAGACAUGAUCGACCUGCUCCACGGCACAAUCACAGCCUCAGUCGUGGCUCAGGAACCAGAGCUGAAGGUGUUGCUGUACAAAGAUGGCGAGUUGAUCCAUUUGCCUCUGGUGAAGAGCGGCCUGGCUGAGCUCGACUGUACCGGAGUUUAGAAAUCCUGUAACUCG